AUGCAAAGUGAUUCAUUAUCACUCGAUACACUUAGAAAUAAAUUAUUGUGUGCUGUCGAUGCUGAAUACAAUGUUAUUAAAGCUGAAACUGUAUUGGAUAUUAUUUGUCAAUUAGAAAAAAUGGAAAUUACAAAAGAUCAAUUACAAACAACUCGUCUUGGUCGUGAAAUAAAUACAAUACGUCAAAAAUUAGAUACACAAAAUGAAAAACAUUCAAAAUUAAUUAAUGAAAUAGCUCAAAGAGCAAAAAAACUUCUUCGAUCAUGGCAAGGUUUAUUAAAUAUUUCUCAAACAAAUUUAUCAUCAACAAAUGUUGAUAUAAAACCUCGACUUAUACUUAAAGUUAAAUUAAAUUCUCCAAUAACAAAACGUAAAUAUGAUUUUGAUUCACAUAUAAUACAUAGUACUAAUAUUAAACGAAAAAAAACUCAAGUUAUACAAACACCUGUACCAAUAUCAACACCAAUUAUAUUAAGUGAAACAAAUGUUAGUUUACCACGUUUAAAAACUACACAACAACUUUUAAUUGAAAUGCAAAAAAAUGAACCAAAUGUACUUUCAACACAAACAUCAACUGUUCAUGCUAUAUUACAAAAGAAAAUUAUUGAUGAAAGUCUUCAUGAACAAGUUAAACUUGAUUAUUCAGCUUUACAUCAUGGAAGAGAUUUGAAUAAUAUUAAUACAAAUUCUACUCAUUAUCAAAGAAAACUUUCAUCUUCAAUUACAUCUCCAUGCAAUACAUUUGUAACAUCCGGUUCAUCAUCAAAACUUCAAUCACUUAUUGAACGAUCAUCAUCAUCAUCAACAUUAAUAUCUUCGAAUAGUAAUUGGGAAAAUGGUAGUAGUGCUGGUUCACCUAUAUCACCAUUAUCAUCUUCAUCAUCAUCAUCAUCAUCUAUAAUUUGUACAACUUCUUGGCCUCUUUCUACAAUCAUUCCUGAACCAUCAUUAAAUGUUCCUGUUAUUACAAAAAAGAAACGUCGUAAAAAACAUAAUGAACAAUUAUUAGAAUCAUCAAAUAUUGAACAGUCAAAAAUAUUUUCAUCUGAUCUAGAAACUCUUUGUUCAUCAUAUAAUUCAGUUGCUGAUCUUGUUGAAGAUCAUCGUCGACGUAUAUUAGCUAAAUAUGAAUCUCGAGAAUUAGAAGCAAGACCUGAUUUAUUAUUAGUACCAAUUGAUCAACUUGCUUUUGUUUAUGAACGAGAAAGGACUAAAGAAUUAAAUUUACCAAAUGAAUCAAAACAUUCAUCAAUGACUACAGUAGAAAAACUUACUCAACCAUUUGAUCUUAUUGCUUUACCAUUUAUUGAUUGUCCACUUGAAUAUGAUCUGAUACUUGAUGAACUAGUCGUACAACAUCCGACAAUGGACAUGCGCCAAUAUUCGAAAGUGCCUUCUGCACUCCACGUUGACAAACCUGAGCAACCAGAAUUGGCUGAGCACGAUUCAUCUAUUCUCGAUCUUGCGUUUGCGAUGGAUUGUACUGGAUCAAUGGCUACGUACAUCGAAAGUGCUAAAAAUAACAUUCGUGCAAUUGUCGAAGAAAUUGUGAGAAGCGAAAAGAGUGACAUCCGUUUAGCACUUGUCGAAUAUCGAGAUCAUCCUCCUCAAGAUACAACAUUUGUCACCCGUGUACAUAAUUUCACAAACAGUGUUAACGAGAUGAAAAGUUGGCUUGACGAAUGUCGAGCAGAGGGUGGUGGUGAUGCACCGGAGGCAGUAGCUGAUGCACUUCAUGAUGUUCUUAAUCUAUCAUGGCGUCAAGAAGCGACUAGAAUUUGUAUUCUUAUUUCUGACGCACCACCACAUGGUCUCGAUCCAAAUGGGGACAAUUUCCCGAAAGGAUGUCCAGCUGGUUAUGAUCCAUUAAGACUCGCACGAGACAUGGCCGAGCAUCGUAUUACAUUGUAUGCAAUCGGUGUUGAACCGCCCAUAGUUCGUUAUCGUGAUUUUUUCAUGACAAUUGCCUACAUAACUGGUGGACAAUAUGUUCCAAUGAUUAAUGCACAGUUAUUAGCUCAAGUAAUUAUUGGUGGAGUACGUGAAGAAAUAACAUUAGAACGUCUUAUGCAAAAUGCCGAGGUAGAUAUUGCUCGUGAAAUACAACGAGCAGAAGAAGAUGGAGUCGAUGAUCGAGAGACAGCGACACGAAUUAAUCGUUAUUUUGCUUCGAGAAAAACACGUACUAAGCAGAUGCGCAACAAAGCUGGUACUACAUCGAAAACAGCCGAAGAAUGUUAUGCGAAAUGUGCUGAUAUGUCUGAAAUGGCAUCCAAAUUUGAAACAGUAGAAGUGAAAGAAGAGGAGAAUAAAGAAGAAAUGAACUAUGAAUUAGAUGAAGAGGACAUGAGUUUUGAACAAGCAAAACGGAUUGUACAAAAGGCAAAAGGACGAAAGUAG